ACGCGCACAGCGCCCCCUCUGGUCGCCCACAGUGACACAAGUUCAGCUUCCGCUGUUUGCUGCUCGUCGGUGUUUGGGCUUGUUCUCAUCUAUGCUCCAGCUGAGGCCAGUGGAGGAGGAUGAAGCAGCCGCUGAGAGUCUGGUGCUGAACCGAACUGUUGCUAAAAAUGACCAUUUCCUGCUGGCCGAGCUACUGUCACAAGAACGCUACAGGAAGUGCAUUAAUCAGCAGAGCGGCUGGGGGAUCCCAGGCACACCGUUACGCAUGGCUGCGUCUAAAGGUCACCUGAGGUGUCUGCAGUUGCUCCUGUCCCAUGGGGCGGAUGUAGACCGCCUUGAUGUUAAGGCCCAGACCCCUCUUUUCACCGCUGUGUGCGGGCGUUACUUGAGCUGUGUGAUUGCACUUCUCCGUGCCGGAGCUAAUCCGAAUGGAAGCCACCUGAACAACAGCUCGCCUGUGCUCACCGCUGCCCGAGAGGGCGACCCCAAGAUCCUCUGCCAGCUGCUUCAGCACGGGGCGGAGGUCAACGCCAGGUCAAAGGUGACACUGUGGGCCUCAGGGUUUGCUGUGUGCAGCGGGCCACUUUACCUGUCAGCCAUUUAUGGACACCUGGAUUGCUUCAAAAUGUUGCUGUUAUAUGGGGCAGAUCCGAACUAUAACAGCCCGGAAGAGAAUGUGAACAGCAGAGCCACGCAGCAGAAGACGGUCCUGGAAUUGUGUUUGAGACACGGCUGUGGAGUCGAAUACAUUCAGCUGCUCAUUGACUUUGGGGCAAACGUCUACCUGCCGACCCUCAUUAUAGAGAAGAGCACCAAACAGAACGAAGCUGUUGAGCUGUUGCUGAAAGAGCGAGGGUGCCCGAAGACUCUCACAUCUCAGUGUAGAUUGGCCAUUCGUAAACACCUGAUACAGGUGAACAAGAUUCAGUCUUUGGACUGUCUGGAGAUUCCACCCAGGCUCAUCGAUUAUCUCAAACACAAUCCACACAAGAGUGCACUGGUUUACUGACAAAACCGAUUACACUCCACUGUGCCUUUACUAAAGGACAGACUCAUUCAUUCACAUAUUGACUGUACAGGUAGACCAUACACACAUCUAGAGCGAAGGAAACAGACAGAAGAUCUGAAUUAAUGACCUGGAAUCACUCGUAUGCAAACUCAUAGAUGGACCGAUAUACUGUUACUAACAACCCUGGUUUACAUAUAUUAAGGGUAUUAAACUUGAACAUCCACGUAAAUUAAUUAGCUUUAAUAUCUUUCAAAUUUGAC